AUGCGCAUAGGCUAUCCACAAUCAAGAAUGUGGACCAGAUUGCAGUGGUUCAAGGGGGGCGGAUUGCGGAGCUUGGUCACUAACAUAUACUUGAGCACACCCAUCGGAACGGGAAUGUCAUAUCCAGGAGCCUCGCGCGGCAACAAAAAGCAUGUUGAUCUGAGCAGGAGUAACUUGCAUCGUCCCAAGGUCACAACACUUGAUCAUGAGCUGUCGGCCCUUAUUGCUAGAAUCACGAAACAGCUCACAGCUCUCCAUUUGGCUGCCGAAACUGCAUACAUGAUGCCUAAGCACGUCGGAAAAAGUUCUGAAGAAUUGCUGGAGGAAGCUCGAAGCCACCUGCACCUGAUAACCCACAUGGCAGAACUCAGUGUGAAGAUGCUCGAAUCGCUCGAAAGGUUGCACACCUGCUUAAGUAGGUCGUAUUGGGAUAGGGGGAGCGGGGAAAAAGUGGGCAAAGGCCGCCAUGGCGUGCAUGUUUUAGGCUCUUCUACGCGACCUGAUAUGUCACGGAGCGAGAAGGACGCUGUUGGAUCUUCUGGUGGCCUGGAGACCAGUGGUAUUGAAGGGACAGAACCAGGGCUGCAUCUGUUUGUUUUCAGACAUGUGCGGUUGUAUCUCAGCGCGCACUUCUCCAUAAAGGAGCUGCAGAACAAACUGAAGGCCGUCAAAGCGGAAAGGAAAGCUUUAGAAAAUCGAAUCGCCCCGCUUCUCUCAAAGGGCAACGUUCAGAUAGUAGACAUCGGGAAGUACCGGGUGUAG